GUUUCAAGUCCAAAGAUGGGUUCUAAGCGGACGUUGAUCCCCUUGUCCCUGACGAGGAACUAUGCUCCAAACUGGGACGUGUGGGAGGGACUGAGGGAGAUGGUACAGAACUGGCAUGAUGGGAUCCUACAGGUGUAUGAUCAGGAUCUCAUCACAUUUGACAGGGAGAACCUUAAAUACACCCUCACGAAAGAUGACAGUGCUGUAGUGGAGUACCAGGUAACUGCUAAAGACUGGGACAACAAGACGACCACCCUGGGCUGGUUACACUACAGUAAGGUGGACAACAGACUCACUCUUAUCAACAGGAACAUAGGACUGCACAAGAAGUGUUUACUGCUUGGGUACUCCAAGAAGCCUCGGUGCCGCGACGUGAUUGGUCAGUUUGGUGAGGGGAUGAAGAUUGGUGCGCUGGCCCUGCUGAGGCGUGGCCGGCUGGUUACCAUGGAGACUAGCGAGGACAGGUGGAGGUUUGAGCUGCAGCAGGAUGAGAACUUUGGGGAGGAGGUGCUGACUGUGGUGGUGUCAGAGAGGAGCAGUGAUUCUUCAAGUGACAUAAACUUUCCAAAAUGUCCUGUGAAACUGGAGAGAGCAGACACCUGCACUACCCUCAGCAUCCAACAGAGGGAGUGGCAGGAACACGCAAAAAGAUUCCUGUUCCUUGUACCACCUGAGAACUGUGUGAAGACUGAACUAGGUACCCUAUUGUUAGAUAAGGAGCUCCAGGGCCAGCUGUAUGUGAAGAGUGUGUGGGUUCAGGACCUGAGGAAAGAUGAUCUGAAGACAGGAGUAGAUUUCUGCCAGUUAGAAGUGGACAGAGACAGACAUGCUGUACCACAUCCUAGUGAGAUCGACCAUCAUGUGAGCAGUAUGUGGGUGAGAGCUCUGGAGAGGAGACCAGACCUGGCUGGGCACUACUACAUGCUGGUGGAGGAUGAUAAAUGCCGAGAUGUGAAAUAUGCCAACCUGUACAACACACAGAGUACUGCCAUGCUGAUGGCUGAUCAGUUUGCACAGAGACAUGGUGACUCCUCCUUCCCUGUAGUGAACACCAUGGCUCUGGGAGAGCUUCAGAAAGUCAAGGAUGAACUCAAUAGAAAUAUUGUAUCAUGUAACAAGACCCUGUAUGAGAUCCUACAGAAGUCAGGCCGACACGUGUCUGUAGAGGAGGCUCUGGCAGACAGCAGGGCCACUAAGAAGAAGAAAGUUGCCAUCAACAGUCCGCGGCUGUCUGAUGAACAGCGAGACGCGCUGGAACAUGCUGUCAGGCUGGUACAGACAGCUGACCCUGACUUCAGGUCAUCCUGGGUUGACAUCAUACAGACACAGCAACUGGAGGGCCCAGGUUGGCAUGGCAGUCGUAUUGACAUCCCCUAUUGGAUGUUAGAUCUAGAGACGGUGCACAACUUUGGCAGACUGUGUGCCCAGGGUACAGCCAAGUGCAUGUGCCGUGAGGUGAGACUGUGCCAUGCCCUGUUAGAACUCAGAAGGCCUCACAUCAAGAGAAGUGGUGGAAGAUCCAAUGAUCCCAUGCUGCUACUGGUGCUCAACAGAUUGGCUCUUCAGGAGUGUCACCGUGCCCCUCCGUUCUGUACUGCCUCCCACCAGCAGGGCAGACCUGUCAACACUGUAGCCACUCAUCAGGACUGUGUGGACAGGGAGGAACAGCUACAGGCCAGGGUUAUAGAGUUAGAGAAACAAGUAAAGCAGGUAGCAGAGAGGAACAAGACAGAACUGAACAAACUCACAACAAAGCUGUCCCUGGCAGAGAAGGAAGUCAUGAACAAGGAGAUCAGCUACCACGAUGCCUACACCAGGUUUAAAGACAUGUUCCAGGCAGAAGUCAAGAAACUCAAGACACAGUUCCAGGCUGAGUUUGACAAGAAAGACCUCCAUGUACGUAAGCUAGAAGAAGAUUUAGUCCUGUACAGACAGACGGUGGAUGACAGGAAUGCCAGGCUUGAUACCCUGGAGAGGGAACAUGAAAACUUCCCUCACACCCUGGUGUCCCAGCACCAUGUACUGGUGGAGGAGGUACAGCACUACAGAGGGGAGCUGCAGAAAAGAUGUGCCCUGAUCACACAGUAUGUGGAGAAACAGCAGACAGAUCUCCGGGACAGGAACACAAAACAGAAGUGUCAGACAAUCAUAGAUAUGUGCACAGAUAUGAAGGAGGAGCUACAUAACCAGCGUUACGUGUGUUCAGUCUGUCACACCAAGAGAAGGUCCCAUCUUAUCCAGCCCUGUGGACACUAUAACAGCUGUGAAACAUGUCUGCUACAGUUAGCAGGCUGUCCUGUAUGUAAGAAACCCAUAGAGAGCAAGAUCAAGGUGUUUGAAUAA